AUGCCCAGUAUUUCUGGCAACGGUGUUGCUUUCCACGGUAACACUGGAACUCGAUCGAACUCAACUAGGACAGAGAAUUUAAUUAGUGUGAGGCGCCUCAGUUUCGUGGUUGAUGGUGAUCUCCACGGGCCGUUCUAUGCUCUGAAGGGCAUGCCUCAGGGGUCUACUUUGAGUCCGCUGCUUUUCGAUUUAUAUCUUAGGUCGCUUGACCAACAUCUGCAGCAUGGCACUCGUUUUCUUCAAUACGCCGACGAUGUGGUAUUGUUUUCCACGCAUAAGGAUCUGGAUGUAGCAGUGAAGUCAGUUCAGUCAUCAUUGGGGCGGAUCCGUGACUAUUUGAGGUACAGGAAUCUUGAGAUAUCUUCUAGCAAGACCAAAUUUAUGAUUUUUAAAAAUGGCAAUCCCCCAAAGGCCACAGUGAGGUUGAUUAUCGGUGGGGUGUCAAUCCCUAGAGUCUGUGUUCAUCGUUUUCUUGGAGUGUUGUUGGAUUGCAACCUCAGUGGCAGGCAACAUCUCAAGUAUUUGAUCAGUAAGGGAAGAAGGAUUGCUGAUAUCGUGGCUGUCUUAUCCAGUGUUACCUGGGGCUCACAUCCCGGAUUGCUUCUUACCAUUUAUAGAGCCAUUUUUCGUAGCGCCGUGGAGUACGGAUGUCAGUUUUUUGUUUGGAACCCUGCCAAUGCUGAUUUCGUCAAGCUUCAGCGCCUUCAGUACAGGGUCAUCAGGAAAGCUAUGGGGUAUCGCAUUUCUACGCCAAUCAAUGUCAUGUUGGCUGAAGCCAAGGAACACAAUUUCUCCAAUAGGUUGGACUAUGUUGCGUCAAGAUUUAUUUAUAAAGCUAUGGCUAAUAAAUUCAGCCUGGUCUAUGGCUCUUUGGAGGAGAUGGAAAUCGCCGUGGUGCAAAGGAAUCGUAAAGCAGAGGCUAUCAAAAUUUCUAGACUUUUCAAACACUACGUACUAUCUCGGUACGAGGAAAGCAUUGUUCAUCGAUCUACAUAUCCUCCAGCUUUCUGGCAUACGUAUGAGGUGUCAUCUCUAGGUAUUGCAUAUAUUCAGGACAUGCAAGGCUGCGAUAAGAAGAACAACCUGAGUUUGAUUAAAGCGGAUUUCUAUCACAGAUCUUUUUCGUACAGACAAGGGGCUGUUUCCUUCUACACGGAUGGAUCCAGGAAUUUGGAAGGAGCUGUGGGUGCGGCUGUCUAUUCGCCUGAUAUGAAGGGUACCGUGGAGCACAGAUUGCCGCCUGAGACAUCCAUUUUCUCUGCCGAACUUUGGGCUAUCUAUCAAGCUGUGUUAGCUGCUGGGGACCUUCAGUUAUCCAAGUGUGUCAUUUUCUCCGACUCAGAAAGCGCUUUAGAAGCAUUGAGGAACUCCAAUAGCACACAGCGAAACUAUCUUAUUUAUUACAUCAAACAGGCAUACAUUGAAGUCACUAAACGAGGAACGGAAAUUGUCUUGUUUUGGGUUCCGGCUCACUGUGGUAUCCCGGGCAACGAGCUCGCGGAUCAGUGUGCUAAGCGUGCUGCGCUUGGAACUUGUCGGCCACGUUUCUGGGUGCCAUACGAGGAUCUUCUGGCUCUGUCAAGGAUCGGUGCGAAUAAUCGUCAGGAGGAAUACAUGAGGAGAGUCUCGGUCUACGAGGGUAAGGGCACGCAGUAUUACGACCUCUUCUAUACAUCGUCCACGAAGACAUGGUUUCACAAGGAAUCCCUGUCGAGGAGAGAGAUUGUACAUAUUAAUAGACUCAGAUCUAAUCAUGUGAACACUUACGAAAGCCUAUAUAGGAUUGGUAUUGUCAGCUCUCCGGCGUGUCCGUGCGGCGAUUCCCGCCAAACUGUCAAUCAUUUGAUCUUUCACUGUGAACUAUUCAAUAAGAAUUCUCUUUCAAUCCGCAACUACAUUGCUAAAAAAUUCCCCGAUUCCCCUCAGGAUCUCCUUCCUGCCCUUUCCUCCCCUUCUCCCAGACUUUGUCGGUUGGUCUUGGCCUUUAUGACGGCCAACGAUCUUCUCUUUUAA